GAUUAGGCGUAAAUUGUAGACCAAACUCGGUUCCAUAGACGAUCUUUGGUGAAAUACGUGUUUACGUGGCUCGGGAGGACUUGGCGUAACAAACCGCUAGCUUUGCCUUCACCGCUGCUGUAGUAUCAACAGUUUGGUUAGCGCCAACAUCAAAAGCAGCGGGUCUGAUUCGUUACGAGCAUCGUGUGAUUUGAUAAACUCUCCUGCUCCCGCCAAAAUGAUCUCACUCACGGAUUCACAAAAAAUUGGGAUGGGGCUGACAGGGUUCGGCGUGUUUUUCCUCUUUUUUGGAAUGAUGCUGUUUUUCGAUAAAGCACUCCUCGCCAUUGGAAAUAUUCUGUUUGUCUCCGGUCUGUCCUUUGUCAUCGGCCUGGAGCGUACGUUCAGAUUUUUCUUCCAGAAACACAAAGUAAAAGCCACCAGUUUCUUCCUGGGGGGAGUUUUUGUGGUUUUGAUUGGCUGGCCGAUCAUUGGAGUCGUUCUGGAGAUCUACGGUUUCUUCCUCUUAUUCAGGGGAUUCUUCCCAGUGGCAGUAGGCUUCAUCAGACGAGUACCUGUGCUCGGGUCUUUGCUCAGUUUACCAGGGAUCAGCACUCUGGUGGACAAAAUUGGCGAGAGCAACACUAUGGUAUAAGAGUGGGCUGUUUUUGUAUUGGAGGAGAGUUUCAGUAUUUAUCAUAGCUUCUUAUAGUUACUGUACAUUUUGGUCAUUGCCACUCCAGAACUGUGAACCCAAACAACUGCACAUAAGACACAAGUUUAUUUGUGGACAUUUGACUGACAUGAAGUUUCCUCUGUCGGAAGGAAAUUGUUUUGUAUGUAAGUGCCACUGGACAAAGUUACCAAGAGAUUUUUUAUUUUAAAGGCUGGAAGCAGGUCUCCCUCUUUUGUAUCAUUCCAGUCUGAUAUUUAUGGACUAAUAAUUUGGGACCACUGGAUCAACUCCUCGGGGUGGUAGGGACCUUUUAUAGCCUCCACUCCUUCAGAUUGUGUGCCUCAACAGUCACUGAGAGCAUUUUUGAGUUCCUCUAUGAAGUGUUACUGGAAUUUUGUACAUCAAAAUAAAGAAGGUUGAGCUAAAUGUUACUUAGGCAAAGAAACCUGAACUGUUGUGUUGUGGAAAAGGUUUAAGAAGCUUGUCAUGGAGAUGUUUUACUGUAACUUUUGUACGUGCAUACUUGAAAUAAAGUGUGUCUUUUAUA